UCUGUCCCUUCCUUUUCUCUUUUUGAUAUUUUUCCAAUUUCAUUCGGUUCCUCUUUCCUUCCUUCCCCCUCCCAUUAUACUCCCCCAUUGCCCCUUCAGGUCACACUCAGGGUGGCCGUUGCUUUGCUCGUGUCGCAGAACGAAGCGCGACUCACCUUACGGUCAGCUCCUGCACUUGACGCGUCUGCAAUAUCACCAUCCCCUAUUAUUGACACACACCAUCUUCUCUGCUUCGAGAAUGGUCAUGAUGACUUCGAGCUUCCCACUAUCCCUGUCGCAGCUUGCUGGUGGCUUCUCAAUCGAUGUGUCAUUUUUUCUGAUAGCUUCCUUCGCCUCGCAGAUGGGUUGGCAAAACUACUCGACAUGAAUGCCUGGCCAGCCGACGCCUUGAAUAUCCCGAACCAUGACAAUGGUGCUUUUCACCAGGCGACCAUUGAUCCUUCGCAGGCAUUCCUUCAAGCCUCUCCCACCCCCGACCCUACUCAAUAUCAGCGCAUGUUCAACGGCGUGCCGCGGAAUGUCUCGCCUGGCUUCCAUAACCCGAACCAGGUGAUUCCUUCGAAACGGCCACGGCCUGAAGAUGGUAUGUCAAUGUCGCCAAGGCAAGCUCCUGGCGGUAUUGCUGCCUCUCGCUCGCAAACCCCUCAUCAGGUGCCUUUCCCUGGCUAUCAAGGUGCGGCGAACGGCGCGCCGCAGUUUCCCUCGCAUCCUACUCCGUACCAACAUCUCCAACAAGGCGCUUCGCCGAAUGUCACCCAGUCGCCAAUCAUGCAAGACUUUGAUCAGCAUGGUGUUCAACGGAUGGGGACUGCUUCCCCGAGCCCAUUCACACCCGCGGGUCCUCAAGUAGGCUCGCACAUGUCUCCGACACAAUCAGAUCAUCCGAGCAGAGUGAACACCCCGCAAAAUAACACGUUUAUGCCUGGUCAACCAUUUCCACCUGGCAUGGGUCCUCAGUAUGCUCCCGCACCUGCAAUGACAACCGCCGCUGUGCAACCGCCAAUGCAGGCUCAUUUUGGUGGCAUGCCACAGGGCUACCAACAGGCAAUUGCUGCGCAGCAGCAGCAGCAACGUCUGCAUGCCAUGCAGAUGCAAUCACAAGGUCGUCCAAUGGUCAUGAAUCCCGCCAUGGCUGGGCGACCCAUGGCAGCUGGGAUGAACGCGAUGGCGAACCCUCAACAAAUGGCAGCUAUCAGGCAGAUGCAGCAGACCAUGGCGAAACCCAUGAACCCAGAAGCUUUCAUGCGAUCCUUGCAGAAGUUCAUGCUGUCGCGCAACCUUCCCCUAGAUCACAGCCCAAUCGUGUGCGGUCGCCCAAUAAAUCUGGUCCAACUCUACGCUACUGUUAUGAAACUGGGCGGUUCGAAGAAGAUUUCAGCCACCAACAUGUGGCAGGUCAUUGCUACGCAGCUUCAGUUUCCUCCGAUGCAGGUCCCGAUCGCCGCGCAAGAAAUCCGAGACCACUACCAGCGGAACCUUGCCCCUUACGAACAAGCCUUCCUCAGUACUCAACAGAAGCAAUAUGCGGAGCAAAUGCAGCAGUCGCCGUUGUCCCGGCAGCCUAGCGAUCCCUCGGUCAUGCAACUACAGUCCCCAGCGGGAAAGCCAGUCCAAGGCUUCGAAACUCCACAACAGAUGGGGCACUCUUCCCCUAGUAAUGCCCCUGGUCCCAAUAGUGUACAACUCAAUGCUGCAAAUGGGUUUGCCACGCCUACGCCAGUCAAAUCGCAGAACAAACAACCAAAUCCGCACCGUCUCAGUAUUUCACGUCAAUCGCAGCCGCCCUCAACGCCGCACGAUUCUAGUAGUCAAAUACCCGGACAAUCCCCUGCGCCGCGAGGGAAAGGCUCGAUAUCAGUUCCCGGUAAACCGGAACAACUGGACCAGUCUUCGAAUAUGCCCGUCAAACAACCCAUUGAAGAUCCAUUCAAGCCAAUGGUGCUCCCAGAGAGCAAUUUCCAUGGGCCUAUAGUCGUGGAUGAAAUGUAUCAGAUUGGCGAAGAUAUAACCAAGUUGAAGCCGAAUAUUCCUAGCUUUGCUGAAUUGGGGGUCAUUGAUAUUCACGCCCUUACCAUGAGCAUCAAGUCUGGGAUCCAUGCCGAGAUGCGCGUGGCCUUGGAUACUCUCGCAUCCAUCUCGUCUGAGCCCGCAAUCCAGAUUUCGUUGGAUAAUUGCGAUGAUUUGGUAGAGAGCUUAAUAGAAUGCGCAGAAGACCAGGCGGAGUUUCUCGCAGAACAUUCUCCCGAAGUCUCGGACUCAAUGCUUCUAUCCUCAUAUGAAGAAGUGACUCGUGGAUGCCAGUCCGAAUGGACAUCUUUGGCUGACGUGCCCGAGUUUGGAAGCCUUGAUUACGAACUAGAUCGAGCUGUGGAUAGGCUUAUUUGUAUCACGACGAUUUUGCGGAAUUUCUCAUUUUCAGAUUCGAACUUUGCGAUGCUGUCGACGCCGCCUGUCGUACAGUUCAUGUCGACCAUAAUCCGGUAUCUGGGUACUCGCAACAUGCUCCUGCGGACACAUCAAAACACCCUGGAUUUCAUGAAAGACACGGUGAUCUAUUUGAGUAACGUUGCUCACACCAUUCAAUUACCCAGCAAAGAGGAAGCUUUGUGUCUUUUGUAUUUCCUCCUGUCUUUCGCGCCGUUCCCGGGGCCGGUCAUUGGGCCAGAAGGCACCAUGUUCACUUCAUACAACCCGUCCGUUCAUAAGUACACACCGGCUGCUGUGGACAGUUUGGCGAAGCUUCUGGCACGGGAUGAGCCAAAUCGGACGUUUUUCAAAGCGAUCUUCUCUGGGGAUGGUAACUCGGUUCAGCAAGAAUUACUGACCCGUGCAUUUGGUCUCGCAAUCUGUCCAAUUCCUGACCAGCCCCGCAAGCCUCUUGCCAUUGCGGAUCUCCGAAAGGUCUUCCUCAUGCAGGGUCUUUUGGCCGCAGACAUCCUUUCUGGGUACGCCGAUGGCCCCACUGCCAAAUUAUGGCUCGAAUCAGUGGACGGGUUUGCCAUUCACCUUCUUCGGCUGUCUUGUCUUUUGAGCACCGAGCGUGUUCCCCCUCCCCCAACCAACGCUCGGCAGAGUCAUGCUGCAAGGGGCCAGGCCGACGAAGCUGAAGCCUACCGCUCAAUCAUCAACCGAGGCUUGGCCAUUCUUCGCCGGCUUGCCGAGAAGUCCAAACUAGCCGAUACGAAUUCGACGGUACAUUUUCCUUCCGGAAUUGUUCCUCGCAAGGAGAGUCUGCUAGGGGCGUUGCUCAUGCCCAACAUCGACCCGGGUGUUGUCCGGCAAUUGAUCACCUACGCCCGGCUUGCGGAGUGAUGGGUUAGACAUGGAGCCGGGUUUCGCGCCACCUAUUCGCGUGCCCUGGCACCGCUUC